ACGACAUGAAUGAAAAUUCUAGCUGGAGAGGUGGCAGUAGCUCUCAGCACGGUCAAUCAUGGCGCAGUGGCGAUAUUCCACUCCCUAGGGACUUCCCUCCACCAGAACGGCAGUCGAUUCCUUCUCUGAUGGAUCCACCAGAGAUUGUCGAAUGGCGCAAGAAAAUCGAUGAGUUACGUCAAAAGAUUAUCGACAGUGAGCAGAAUUUGAACGCUCACAGAAAUGGAAUGGACGAGCUCCUAAUGGCACAUCUUAAAUCUGCUAUUCGAACUUCUGAAACAAUGAAAAUUGAGAAGAUGUUGAGUCAGAAUAAUCUGAACGUGGAAGAUCUCAAUUCCUAUUUAGAUGCAAUGGCUACACCGAAAUGCUCUAAAGAUUUGAUUUCACAAGCGAAAAAGUGGAUUUUCGAAUACUGCACAAGCGAUCAGCUGAGAGAAAUAAUACUGUCUUUUCUGUUAAAUAAAGUUAAAGAUGAAGCAUCUGGAGAAUAUCUACGACUUCAUAUUCUAUAUUUAAUCAAUGAUUGGGCAUUUCAUUGUCAAAGAAAAAAAGAAGAAAAUCAAAUGAAAAUGCUGGCUCGAUACGUUCCAAAAAUGUAUGCAUAUUGUAUAGAACUUUCUUCGUCGAGUGAGUUGAGCAACAAGUUAGAAGGAAAGCUUUUAGGAGAAUGGGAAGGUCGACAAUAUUUCGCUGAUUCUGUAUUCAAACAACUCAGGAAUACAGUUCAAAUUGUUAGCACUGACAGAGAAAUUGAAAAAUCAUCUUAUGGAACAAUUCGGGAGUCGAUUCGAAGUAAUCUGAUGGCAACGUUUGAUGGAUAUGAACAACAGCAUGUCACAUAUUCCCAGCAUAUUCAAAGACAAAUUGACGAAGUUGAGAGAAAAAUUGAUGAGUUUCGUCAUGGGCCAUCAUCCGGACCUGCAUCGCAUCAUCCUAAUGCUCCACUGUCAAACAUGAGAAGAUCAAGAUUUGAUCAAGCUCCAAAACAUUCAGCUGAACGACCACACGCUUCUGUUUCGAACACAUGGAAUCAAAAUGACCAGCAGGACGAUGGAGAAGAUAUUGAUGGAAUGCCGUUUGAUGAGGAAAAUUUGAAGCCACAGAAAUCGUAUAUGGCUUUACCGGCUGGAAUUAUGACUCCACUAGUUUCGAUGAAUAGUGUCAUGUAUGAACCAUUGGACCCAGAAGAACUUGAAAUGCCAGCAUCAGUUCCACCGUCAUCAAGACUACUUGCUGCUAAGAAUAUGUUCCACAAAGGUGUCGAAAUGGAUAUUGCUUUGGCCGAUGGAGCAAUCACCGAAGAUCCGACCAACUUGAAAUACCCUCUUGAGUUUUUGGAAGAAAAGGCACGUAUUAAAAAGACAUUCGAAGAAAAACAAAAAUGUUCUGUCGAAGAAUUUAUCACAAAUCGACCAUCUGCAACUGAUCGAGAACGAUUUGACAAAACAAGAAAAUUGAAAGAAGAAGAUCAAAUUGAAAAAAUUCGUAAAUGCGUCGACGCAUACUAUGCUUCACAGGAGCCACCCGAAAAUUUAAGAGAAGAUUCCGAGGCGAGGCGUUCCAAUUCACGAUCCCCUCCUAGAGACCACAAGAGAUCGAGGUCGCCGUCACGAAGUCCAAGCCCGAGAAGACGACAACGAUCUUCAUCGAAUUCAUCUAGGUCUUCGGGUUCUUCGUCAAGAUCCUCUUCUUCUAGCAGAAAAUCGUCUCCGGAAAGAGGAAGAGACAGUAACAUUGGACAGCGAGGAUACGGCGGAGGAGGUUUCAGUGAAAGACCUUCGUUUGGAUUCAAAUCUGCCCAGGAACCACUCUCGUACGAUAACAAAGGUGCCCAACUUAUGGCUAAAAUGGGUUGGGGAGGAAAAGGAUUGGGAGCAAAUGAAAGUGGAAUCGUUGAUCCUGUGUCUGGUGGAGAAGUUCGUAAUAGAAAUGAGCAAUUUAUGGGCCUUGGUCGUUCACUUGAUCCAUAUGAGCAGUUCAGAAAACAACGAUCUGGAACAUACCACGACCGAGGAAGUUUUCACCGAAAAUAGAAUCUCUACGUUUUAAAUUUAUUUUUUUUGUUAUGCAAUAAUUGUUGAGAAAUCAUUAAUUUGUUUAUUUUAUCAUCAUUAAAAUGAUCUCCG